AAACAAAAAACUGGUGUUGAAACCAAGUGGUACGGAAGUGACGUUCCCACAAUUUUCAAAUAUAUUUAUUUUUCAAAUCUUUGGUCUCUUUUCAAAAAGUGAGUUUCUCUGGUUUUGUCAUUUGAGUACAAUACACGACAUGUCACCCGCUGAGCAUGUUCGGGAUGCUCUGGAUUGACGUGUAUAACUGCAUGUUCCAGUUCCCGCCAAUAUCCAGCAACGUCGCACAGCCAUUGAAGAGGAGUGGGACAACAUUCCACAGGCCACAACCAACAGCCUGAUCAACUCUAUGAGAAGGAGAUGUGUCGUGCUGCAGGAGGCAAAUGGUGGUCACACCAGAUACUGACUGGUUUUUAAGGUGUGUGACCUGAUGGCAGUUCUGCAGAAAUGAAGAGAGCGGCCAAUAAAUACGAAUUCAAAGCGACAUCCAUACCGUCAGACUUCAGUUUAGUUCCAAAAACAGCUAUUUCUAAGCCUCACAAAGAGAACGUUCCAAGCUUUCUCCUCUUUUUUUCCAGAAAUUAUUUUGUAGCCAAAAUGCAUAAAGGAGCUUCCACCAGACAUGGACAGCAGCAGUCAGAACUGAAGGGUCAGAAUCAACUUUUAGUGGAAGCCAAUGAGGAACUGCAGAAAAAAAAUUCAGAAACACAGCUAAAAGUUGCCCAGCUGGAGCAACAAUACAGUGACCUCCAAGGAACCAAUGCCGACAUCAAGAAACAUCUGAAGGACUGCCAUGCGCUACUAGUCGCUGGAAAUAUUGAUCCAGUUUUGGGAGAGAGAAUUAGAGAAUCUGCACUGCAAAAUGAGGAUCAACAGCGAGUGGUGGAGAAUGUAUCCCGGGAUCUGUUAAGUGAACUGUGGACAUUUGGUGACAUGGCAACAGAACAAAGUGCACAACUAACAGAAGUUCAAAAGUCCAUGAAGGAUCUCAUGGAGGCUCGGGAGCAUCUCGUGCAGGAGAGGGAUAAUUUCUCCUUGGAAGUUGAAGAAACGGAGAAGGCUCUUGAGGGGGCAGAGCAGCUUUUAUUGGAGUAGAUACUGUAUGUGUGUGCUUGCUUUUAAUGUAAAUAUAAAACAUUUUGUAUAUUUCACCUAAUUCAAUUUAAGUUGUUAAUACUUGCAAAAAUAGUUGUUUUCACACAGUCUUAUUUGAUUUGUCUGGAAGACUGCAAAUGUAAAAGCGGUUGGACUGCCAGUGUUAUUUUAGCCUGGGUACCAGGGUCGUCACUAGUUACCACAGCCACAAAGUCAUAAACCCCCACAUACAGGAUUAAUAGAUUUUCUCUUAAAAUCUGAUUUUAAACCUAAUCACACUGCUAACAUUAUCACUAUCUCAAAAAGGGUUAUUUGAAGAUCUUAUAGGGGUUCCCUCAGUUUCAAUCCCCUAUAUUAUACAUCAGGAACCUUUUCCUUUUAGAAUGCAUAGACAACUCCUCUGUACCCCCUGGAGACUUUGUGCCACUAUUUUGAUCGGCCGCUGACCAUAUGUCAUAGCCUACACUUGGUAUAGUCUACACUAAUAAAUUUAACUGGACUGGAUGAUUUUGCCAGCAUUGCAAUCCAAUGCAUGCAUGGUUUAUGCAAUAAACAGAUGUAUUGCGUCAAUGAAAAACAUUUUGGGGCUGUGCUACAGAAGGCUAUAUUGGUCUGCCAAUACAGGACUAGUAAAAGGCCCAGUGCACUCAUUUAAAAAAAAAAUUAUAUAGAUAGAUAGAUAGUACCAGUCAAAGGUUUGGACACAGGUACUCAUUCAUGGGUUUUUAUUUUUACUAUUUUCUACAUUGUAGAAUAAUAGUGAAGACAUCAAAACUAUGAAAUAACACAUGGAAUCAUGUACUGUAGUAACCAAAAAAGUGUUAAACAAAUCAAAGUAUAUUUUUAAGGAGAUUCUUCAAAGUAGCCAACCUAUGCCUUGAUGACAGAUUUGCACACUUUGCAUUCUCUCAACCAGCUUCAUGAGGUAGUCACCUGGAAUACAUUUCAAUUAACAAGUGUGCCUUGUUAAAAGUUAAUUUGUGGAAUUUCUUUCCUUAAUGCGUUUGAGCCAAUCAGUUGUGUUGUGACAAGGUAGGGGUGGGUAUAUAGAAGAUAGUCCUAUUUGGUAAAAGACCAAGUCCAUAUUAGGCAAGAACAGCUCAAAUGAGCAAAGAGAAACAUCAGUCCCAUCAUUACUUUAAGACAUGAAGGUCAGUCGAUCUGGAAAAUUUAAAAACUUGGAAAGUUUCAAGUGCAGUAACAAAAACCGCUAUGAUGAAACGCUCUCAUGAGGAUCGUAACAGGAAAGGAAGACGCAAAGUUACCUCUGCUGCAGAGGAUAAGUUCAUGAGAGUUAACCACAUCUCAGAUUGCAGCCCAAAUAAAUGCUUCACAGACACAUCUCAACAUCAACUGUUCAGAAGAGACUGCAUGAAUCAGGCCUUUAUGGUCAAAUUGCUGCAAAGAAACCACUACUAAAGGACACCAAUAAGAAGAGACUUGCUUGGGCCAAGAAACGCGUGCAAUGGACGUUAGACCGGUGGAAAUCUGUCCUUUGAUCUGAUGAGUCUAAAUUUAAGAUUUUUGGUUCCAACCUCUGUGUCUUUGUGAUUAGGUGAACGGAUGAUCUCUGCAUGGAGGGGGAGGUGUGGGGGUGCUUUGCUGGUGACACUGAUUUAUUUCAAAUUCAAGGCACACUUAACCAGCAUGGCUACCACAGCAUUCUGCAGUGAUACACCAUCUCAUCUGCUUUGCGUUUAGUGGGACUAUCAUUUGUUUUUCAACAGGACAAUGACCCCAAAACACACCUUCAGGCUGUGUAAGGGCUAUUUGACCAAGGAGAGUGAUGGAGUGCUGCAUCAGAUGACCUGGCCUCCACAAUCAUCCGACCUCAAUCCAAUUGAGAUGGUUUGGGAUCAUUUGGACCUCAGAUUCAAGGAAAAGCAGCCAACAAGUGCUCAGCAUAUGUGGGAACUCCUUCAAGACUGUUGUGAAAGCAUUCCAGGUGAGGCUGGUUGAAAGAAUGCCAAGAGUGUGCAAAGCUGUCAUCAAGGCAAAGGGUGGCUACUUUGAACAAUCUCAAAAUAUAUUUUAUAUAACUUUUUUGGUUACUACAUGAUUCCAUGAUGUGUUAUUUCAUAGUUUUGAUGUCUUCUAUUAUUCUACAAUGUAGAAAAGAGUAAAAAAUAAAGAAAAACCCUUGAAUGAGUAGGUGUGUCCAAACUUUUGACUGGUACUGUAUAUCAUUUUUGUUUACAUUUUUUUUUCUUAUUGGUUUUUUAGGGGGUGCUGCACCACCCUUUUCUCUCCUGGCUAUGCCUAGCUUACUUUCUAAAUUCUCAAAGUGAAUACAUACUGCAAUUCCAAACACAUCUUAACUUUGAUUUUACAUCUCAAAAUACAACAACUUGGCUAGCUAAAUGUUUGUUUUUUACUUUACUAUUAUAUUUGAGGGUCCACAUGUCAUGGAAAAUACUAACUUUAUUUCUAGCAAUGGCGGAGUUGUGCCUACAAAAAGACGCCAUUGCUAUUUAACUCUGUUGAAUGUUGAGAUUGCCGAAAGGCCAGUCUCUUUGGCAAUGACAAGGAGUGGAACGUUAGCUGAAGAGACAUGGUACUCAGUGUACAGGUACUAGUGUUUUUUAGCUUUUCGAAACAAUUCAAUUUGAAACAUAUUCAUACAUUUUCAUAAAUUGAAAUAUUAUAUAUAUAAAAUAAUUAAUCUCGUUAUUUAAUUCAGGUCAGUUGCUAUAAUAGUAAAAAAAAAAAAAAACGUUUUAUCUUAGUCGACACUUUUGCACAACUUUUAUUUUGAAAGUCAUUUGGAAGAAACGCUGCCUAGCGGAAGUUAGAGGCGCAUCGUUUACACAUAGUGCUUGGUGCUAGUUUUUCCACACACUGCUAUUUGAUUGACUAACAACACUCAGGCAAGCACCUAGCUUUGUCGGGAUGAACUAAAGUAAGAAACCAUACAUGCUUUUUCUCUUUUGUUCUAAAUAAUCCCUGUGUUAUGACUGCUGGCAAAAUAUACUGCAACAACUAAUUACAUUCAUUGCCCCUCCUAGCCUUGCUAGCUUAGCUUGCCAUUGCUAGCUAUGUGUACAUGUAACCUUUGCUAGCUAGCGUUAGUUACCUACUGUGAAAAAAAAGCAUAGGAUGCUAGAUUACAUUUACAAGACAGUCAAGUGACCGCUUUAACAAUGGAAAUACAUGGCAUCAGAAGGGAGGCGAGAUCAGGUAGGACCAUUCUAGCCAAUUAGAGGGCAGAUAGCGCCAUAGAGAUAGAUAGGACUCAUCUUUGUAUCUGUGCCAUCAUAGCGUCUGUGACAGCAUGGGAAGCGCCACAGAGGCCAUCCCCAUUUUAAAGUUGUCCAUUUUCUUCUUCGUUGGCUGAUUGCUCCCAACUCAAGGCAAUCAAAUUGUAUUGGUCACAUAAAUGUGUUUAGCAGAUGUUAUUGUGGGUGUAGCGAAAUGCUUGUGUUUCUAGCUCCGACAGUGCAGUCAUAUCUUACAAGUAAUAUCUAACAAUUUCACAACAUAUACCCAAUACACACAGAUCUAAGUAAAGGAAUGGAAUUAAGGAUAUAAACAUAUAUGGAUGAGCAAUGUAUCAGUCUAUGCCGCUCUGACAAUAGAAUACAGUAUAUACAUAUGAGAUGAGUAAUGCAAAAUAUGUCAAUAUUAGUGACUAGGGAUUUCAAGUCUUAUGUAUAUAGGGCAGCAGCCUCUUAAGUGCUAGGGAUAGCUAUUUAACAGUCUGAUGGCCUUGAGAUAGAAGCUGUUUUUCAGUCUCUCGGUCCCAGCUUGGAUGCGGUCCCAGCUUUGAUGCACCUGUACUGUCCUCGCCUUCCGGAUGAUAGCGGGGUGAACAGGCAGUGGCUCGGGUGGUUGUUGUCCUUGAUCUUUUUGGCCUUCCUGAGGCAUCGGGUGCUGUAGGUGUCCUGGAGGGAAGGUAGUUUGCCCCCGGUGAUGCGUUGUGCAGACCUCACCACCCUCUGGAGAGCCCUGCGGUUGCGGGCGGUGCAGUUGCAGUACCAGGCAGUGAUGCAGCCCGACAGGAUGCUCUCAAUUGUGCAUCUGUAAAAGUUUGUGAGGGCUUUAGAUGCCAAGCCAAACUUCUUCAGCCUCCUGUUGCGCCUUCUUCACCACACUGUCUGUAUGGGUGGACCAUUUCAGUUUGUCAGUGAUGUGUACGCUGAGGAACUUGAAGCUUUCCACCUUCACUGUGGUCCCGUCGAUGUGGAUAGGGGGGUGCUCCCUCUGCUGUUUCCUGAAGUCCACGAUCAUCUCCUUUGUUUUGUUGACGUUGAGUGAGAGGUUAUUUUCCUGGCACCACACUGUCAGAGCCCUCACCUCCUCCCUGUAGGCCGUCUCGUCAUUGUUUGUAAUCAAGCGUAGUACUGCUGUCGUCUGCAAACUUGAUGAUUGAGUUGGAGGCGUGCUUAGGCAUGCAGUCAUGGGUGAACAGGGAGUACAGGAGGGGGCUGAGCAUGCACCCUUGUUGAGUCCCAGUGUUGAGGAUCAACGAAGUGGAGGUGUUGUUCAGUUCAUAUAUGGAAAUCAGUCAAAUUAAAUACAUUAAUUAUGCCCUAAUCUAUGGAUUUCACAUGACUGGAAAUACAAAUAUGCAUCUGUUGGUCACAGAUACCUUAAAUAAGGUAGGACUGUGGAUCAGAAAACCAGUCAGUAUAUGUGUGACCACCAUUUGCCUCAUGCAGCGUGACACAUCUCCUUCACAUAGAGAGGUGAUCAGGCUGUUGAUUGUGGCCUGUUGAAUGUUGUCCCACUCCUCUUCAAUGGCUGUGCAAAGUUGCUGGAUAUUGGCGGGAACUGGAACACAUUGUCGUACACGUCAAUCCAGAGCAUCCUACAAAUGCUCAAUGGGUAUUUGGUAUUUUAUUAUGAUCCCCAUUAGCUGUUGCAAAAGCAGCAGCUACUCUUCCUGGUGUACACACAAAACAUGAAACAUAAUACAGAACAUCAAUAGACAAGAACAGCUCAAGGACAGAACUACAUACAUUUUUAAAAAGGCACACGUAGCCUAGAUAUCAAUGCAUACACACAAACUAUCUAGGUCAAAUAGGGGAGAGGCGUUGUGCCGUGAGGUGUUGCUUUGUCUGUUUUUUGGAACCAGGUUUGCUGUUUAUUUGAGCAAUAUGAGAUGGAAUGAAGUUCCAUGCAAUAAGGGCUCUAUAUAAUACUGUACACUUUCUUGAAUUUGCUCUGGAUUUGGGGACUAUGAAAGCCCCUGGUGGCAUGUCUGGUGGGAUAAGUGUGUGUGUCAGAGCUGUGUGUAAGUUGACUAUGCAAGCAAUUUGGGAUUUUCAACACAAUGUGAGUAGGCAGGCCAUGGAAGAACUGGGACAUUUUCAGCCUCCAGGAAUUGUCUUCAGAUCCUUGUGAUAUGGGGCUGUGCAUUAUCAUGCUGAAACAUGAGGGGAUAGCGGCAGAUGAAUGGCACGACAAUGGGCCUCAGGAUCUCGUCGUGGUGUCUCUGUGCAUUCAAAUUGCCAUCGAUAAAAUGCAAUUGUGUUCGUUGUCUGUAGUUUAUGCCUGCCCAUAACAUAACAUAACCCAACCUCCACCCUGGGGCGCUCAGUUCACAAUGUUGACAUCAGCAAACCGCUCGCCCACACGACGCCGUACACGUUGUGAGGCCGGUUGGACGUACUACUAAAUUCUCUAAAAGGACUUGGGUGGCGGCUUAUGGUAGAGAAAUGAACAUAAAAUUCCUCAGCAACAGCUCUUGUGGACAUUCCUGCAGUCAGCAUACCAGUUGCACACUCCCGUCAACACUUGAGACAUCUGUGCACAUUUUAGAGUGGCCUUUUAUUGUCCUCAGCACAAGGUCCACCUGUGUAAUGAUCAGGCUGUUUAAUCAGCGUCUUGAUAUGCCACACCUGUCAGGUGGAUGGAUUAUCUUGGCAAAGGAGAAAUGUUCACCAACAGUGAUGUAAACAAAUUUGUGCACAAAAUGUGAGAGAAAAGCUUUUUGUGCAUCUAAAGAAAUCAGCUCAUGAAACGUGGGACCAACACUUUGUUUUUGCAUGUUGCAUUUAUAUUUUUGUUCAGUGUAAUUAUUAUUAUUUUGAAUCAAUUGGUAUGCCUAUAUAUCAUUAUUUUAUAAGUCCAACAAUGGGUGUAGCAACUAAGGAUUCUACCUUUUAACCAAUGUAGGCUUUAUAGCCUGUGUCAAAGAUGUUUUGUUGGGUUUUUCUAAGAUGAGACGUGACAGUUUUAGAACAAAGUUUGUUUAUUCUGAACGGUCUGGUUUUGCAACUUCUCGUGUCGGCUGUUUUAUCUGAAAUGUUAUAAAUGUGGUUUGUAAUUGGUCUUUGAUCUUGCAUUGUCAUAAAGCAGUGACAUCA